UCGACACUCGUGUUGAAGAUCCGACACCAGCCCGCAGAUUUACAAUUAUUGUUUCCUUGAGGUCAUAUUUGCGUCGGAAGAAAUGGCGGACAUGGAUGAGUUGUUUGGUAGUGAUGGGGACAGCGACAACGAUCAGAGAGAGUCGUUGUCUGGCUCCGGUUCAUAUUCUGAGCCAGAGAGGGCCCGUUCUGUUAGCAAUGCCUCUGGUAGUGAAAGUGACAAGGAACCUGAUGAUGAAGGCCAAGAAACAGGAAAGCCCAGUAUGAAUAAGGAACUCUUUGGAGAUGACAGUGAGGAUGAGCAGCACAGUGGAAGCGACAACCAGUCUGAGCGCUCGGGGAACCAGUCAGACACCAGCAUCCACUCAGAUCAGGGCGACAUUGACCCUUCAGACGUAGAGCAGCACAGCGGCUCUGAGCAGGGCCAUGAGGAUGAAGAUGAGGAAGAUGGGGGCCAUCACUCAGAAGCUGGAAGCCCAGCUGGCAGCAUCAUUUCUGGUGCCGGGAGUCUGCACUCUGAGAGGGACAGUGUGCGUUCAGAAAGAAGUUUGCACAGCGAUCCUCGUACUCCUCAGUCAGGCCCAGGCACUCCUCACUCUGACGGAGAAGCUUCCGGUAGGGAGAACCAGUCAGACGAUGACAAGUGGGAAGGAGGCCCUAAGAGUGACCUGUCAGAGGACGAGGAUGAAAAACCUCAUUACUCCGACGAAGAAAGAGAAAACUCUGACGACGAGGGCCAGCAGAACAGAAAGUCAGAAUUUGAAAAAGGCAGCGAUAGUGAAGACGACUUUAUCCGACACAAAACCAAAACCAAAUCUGCCUCUGAUUCGGAUUCAGACAGCGAUGUUGGAGAAAAGAGCACAAAGAAAGCAGCUGCAGAUGACCUGUUUGGAGAAGCAGAUGACAUUUCCUCAGACAGUGAUGCAGAAAAGCCUCCAACACCAGGACAACCCCUGGAUGCAGAGGACAGGAUAGACGCAGAGCAGGUGGAGGAGGAGCCUGUACCCGAGACACGGAUUGAAGUAGAGAUUCCUAAAGUCAGCACUGACCUGGGAUCGGACCUUUAUUUUGUUAAACUCCCCAACUUUUUAUCGGUGGAACCCAGACCGUUUGAUCCCCAGUAUUAUGAGGAUGAAUUUGAGGAUGAAGAGAUGCUGGACGAAGAGGGCCGGACCAGACUCAAACUUAAGGUGGAAAAUACAAUUCGGUGGAGAGCCAAGAGGGACGAGGAAGGAAAUGAAACACGGGAGAGCAACGCACGUAUUGUCAAGUGGUCUGACGGCAGCAUGUCUCUGCAUCUGGGGAACGAAGUCUUCGAUGUUUACAAAGCUCCUCUUCAGGGAGAUCACAACCACCUCUUCAUCCGACAGGGCACAGGACUGCAGGGACAGGCAGUGUUCAAAACCAAACUCACAUUCAGACCUCACUCCACAGACAGCGCCACCCACAGGAAGAUGACUCUGUCUCUGGCUGACCGCUGUUCCAAAACACAGAAGAUCAGAAUCCUUCCCAUGGCUGGACGAGAUCCCGAGUCACGGCGCAAUGAAAUGAUCAAGAAAGAGGAGGAACGUCUGCGAGCUUCAAUCCGAAGGGAGUCGCAGCAGAGGAGAAUGAGGGAGAAGCAGCACCAGAGAGGCCUGAGCAGCAGCUACCUGGAGCCAGACCGCUACGAUGAGGAGGAGGAGGGCGAGGAGGCCAUCAGCCUGGCAGCUAUCAAGAGCAAGUACAAGGGAGGAGGAGGUCUGAGGGAGGAGCGAGCGAGAAUCUACUCCUCAGACAGCGAUGAAGGCUCUGACGAUGAUAAGGCCCAGAGACUGAUGAAGGCCAAGAAACUGGACAGUGAUGAUGAGGGCGAGCAGACAAGCAAGAGAAAGGCCGAGGAAGACGAGGAAAGUGCCCGAAAGAAGUCCAAGAAAUAUGUCAUAAGUGACGAAGAGGAGGAAGAAGAGAAGGCGGGGGAGGAGGAGGAAGAAGAAGAAGUGGAGGAUGAAUAAUUCCUUUUCUAACCUCAGAAUUCUGCUGUAGUUUCAGUGGGGUGUCCCAGUCAUGGUUUUCAUUUGAACCAUCCCAUUCAUUUUACAUCAGUACUUUAAAAAGAUAUUUUUUGAGGUAUUAAAAGUACAAAAUACUG